AUGGACUGCCAUGCUAUACACGACUACGCUGCGUCGAAAUGUCCCCUUCAAGAAUGCGACGCAUGCAAAGAACUCGAAGAGCUCGACGCAGAAAUAGAGGAUCUGCAAGAUCGACUCAUAGCUCUAGCCCGAAGACGGUGGUCGUUGAAGACCAAGGUCAACACCCGCCAUGACCAAAUCCUGCGCCACCUCCCCACCGAAAUAGUGACCGAAAUAUUCCUCCUCGUGGCGGACUCUUUGCGAGACGCCUCUUCGCUGCGAUGGGAUCGGCCUCCGCUGGGCUACUACUCCUGUCCCCCGCUGUACCUCGGGGCUGUUUGCAAGGAGUGGCGGGGGAUUACCUUGGGAAUGCCGCUUCUGUGGAACAACUUGUCUAUCAACGCCUGGAGCCAGAAAUCCCAUCUUAGCAUUAUGGAGGAAUGGCUUAGACGGUCGAGCACGGCGCCUCUUGCUGUGGCGUAUCAUGGAGAGCACCUGUGGGGGCCCAGUGGCAGCACCAAGGCCCGUCCGGCCCCUCGUCUGAUACAGCUGCUCAGACACCACGCUCCGCGCUGGGAUCACAUCACGUUCAGCGGUCCAUGGAAAUCGUUUCACGAGUUGAUGCACAACAGCGAUAUUACCACACCUGUUGACACGCUCGACAUUCACAUAUUCAUCGAAAAUACCUCCUCGAUGGAGCCUGUGAGCCUAAAAUCACCACUCAACCCGAGAUUUCUGACCGUUUGCGCUACACCUAUCAAUAAGAUUCCUCUCGAAUGGAGUCGUCUCACCCGACUCCAUGCGACAUCCAUGCACCUCGACGAAGUGAUGCACAUUCUUACCAACGGGUGUAACUUGCUAGAGUGUGUUAUCAAAGAUGUCGUCGGGAACAAAUCCAUAUACCCUCUGCCUACUUCUCCUUUUGUCCACAAGUCCAUAUACAUGAUGACACUCGGCAGUCCUGAUUUAGAAAACUCGGACGUCCUCUAUUAUCUGACUCUUCCUUCUCUACAGAUUCUGGACUAUGAAGCUCAGCACGACCUUGUCUUGCCCACCACGCUCGUCUCGUUCCUGGAGCGUUCUCGCGCGCCCAUACAUACCUUCCGGUUCAAGUACACUCUAGGGUCCCUGGAUAUCCCAUGGUAUGACUGCCUUCCUGGUAUAACGCACCUAGAACUCGGUAUCUACGGCUACAACGACGCCUUGCACGCCUCGGAGAGGUUCUUGGAAGCGCUCUCGCGAGCCUCCAACCCACUGACUCUGCCGCAUCUUCGAGAACUGAGGAUGUAUAUGCAUUCUAUUCCGAAGUCCUUCUGGUCUACUCUCCGGGAUAUAUGCAAGGAUUCUCAGUAUGGAUCUAGAGCGUCGGCGACUUUUGACUCGACGUCUGCCGUUUCCCAGGACGACGCGGGCGUACAACUGCAACUCGACCCCGGCGAUCAACCUCAGCAUCAGCAUCAGCAUCAACCUCAGCCUCAGCCUCAACCUCAAGCUUCCUCUUCCUCCUCCUUUUCCACUUCCACUUGUACACCCCCUCCCGCGCCCGUGUGCACAGUGCAACGACGGCCUCUAGACUCAGUCUACAUCCAACACCUCGCGCAGCACUGGCGCGAGAUGACAGAAGACGACGUCAUCCAGCAGAUGCUCGACACCAAAGCGUCGGGCAUCCGCUGUCUCGAGGUCAAAGACAACCACGGGAACGACCUCAUCACAAGUGCUAUCAACGUCUCGACGAGCCGCCAUCUGCCGUUCUCGAGGAAGUUUGCGCGCAGGAAUUCGACGUGGGAUGGGUGGCCGUCGGAUUCGGAUAGUUGA